AUGAUGCACAUCUUUGUGUUCCUGCUGCUGGUCUCCAGCGCCUCGGCAUCUCACUACUUUGGAGGUACCCUGGCCUUCACCCCUAAAGGAACAAACCCGGAUGGAUCUCUCAGGGUCAACAUCCGUUAUAAAGAAGCAUACAGUGUUUUCUAUAAUGCACAUGUGUGGUAUUGCUACAGUGGUAACUGUGGCAGCAUCAACAACACUGUAAAUGGUCAAUGGGUGGACUACUCUCCAAGUUCUCCCAACUUGCCCAACUGGUACCAGAUGGAAACUUUUCAAACAAGGACCAUCCCAACAGACUCACCAUUUGAGAUGCGUGAAGCAAGCUGUUGCUGGAUAUACGCUCCAAACAAUAAUGCACAAUGGAACCUCUUUGCACAUAUUGAUCUUGGAACCCGGUCCGACACAGGGAAACCCAACUCAUCUCCAGUGACAACAAUCUUGCCUGCUAUCCGGGUUCCUCAGAACUGCCAACGGGAGCUUAAGCUUCUGGCACAUGACCCAGAUGCAGAUGUUGUAAGAUGCAGAUAUGGAAUACUACCUAACAUCGAAUGUGGAACUUGUUACCAGCACCCAGAUUUCUUCCUGGAUGAAAAUUCCUGCACUUUGACUCACUUUCCCACAGCAAUUACUGGAACCCAUGUCUUUGAACUUGUGCUGGAGGAUUAUCCCGAACAAUCCAUUGGGGUGUCACACAGGGAUGGAACACAGUUACCGAGAUAUCCUUGGACCUCAUACUCACAGACCACAACAUCUUCACCUUGGCAGUGGUUUACAUCCACAACAACUUCUACGCCUUGGCAGUGGUUUACAUCCACAACAACUUCUACGCCUUGGCAGUGGUUUACAUCCACAACAACUUCUAUGCCUUGGUUGGCGACAACCACUAUUUCUCCCCCAUCUAAUGCACUCAGCAGCAUUCCUCUGCAGUUUAUAGUCCAAGUUGACCAAAGUGUUCCUUCCUGUGCUGACGGUGAAUACCUCCCGAUGUUCCAGUCACCAACUCCCGAACAUGGAAAAAUCAUCUACGCUGCGGUCAAUUAUGAACUGGCCAUUAAAGUCAAGGCUGCUGCCCGUUUUUCUACGUUGACAAAUAUCUUCAUCAGUGGGCCACUGAAUAUCACCAAGGUUGUCAACGCCAACGGUAACACAGCAGAAGCUGUCAUAAAAUGGACCCCUGGCAGUGAUGGCUUUGGUGAACAUUUUCCAGUCUGCUUUGUAGCAGAAAGUGUAUUAGGGUCCAGUUUCUACAAUUCUGAAAUGAGAUGCGUCGUCAUUGUUGUUGGACACACUACCGGUGAGGCUACCGUGUCCUGUAAUGAGAUGACAAUGACAGUCGAGAUUGAGAAGGCUUCUAUCCCUGGACUCAAUGAUGGAUUUGUACGUCUGAAGGAUCCGCUGUGCACUCUGAUGUCCAACAGCACCCAUAUCAUUGGUACCAUGUCCCUGAACACCUGCGGCACAGAGAUUGAGGAGGAUGAUGAGUCCAUCAUCUUCAAAAAUGAGAUUGUAUCCUUCGAGAACACUAGUACCAUCAUAACCAGGACAAGUGAAUUGAACAUUGGAUUCUCUUGCAAGUACCCUAAAAAAGGAAAGGCAUCUUUCAGCUUCACUGUACACAAGCCUCCCUACGUGUUCACGGAGAAUGGCUUUGGCACGUUCGCCUACCAGUUUGAGCUCUUCACCGACAGACUGUUCAACAGCAUGGUGGACCCCAGCGCUUACCCACCACAAGUGAACCUGGGGGAAAUGAUCUAUAUGCAAAUUGCAGCAACUUCCCCCAUCCUCAACACUGUACUCUAUGUGGACAGCUGCAGAGCCACACCGUACGAUGACCCCAAUUAUCCCGUCUUCUACAGUAUUAUUGAGAACGGGUGCAUUGUGGAUAACACCGUUGUGGUGUAUGAAAACAACAACACAAUGUACAAAUUUGGAAUGGAGGCUUUCAAAUUCAUCGGGUUGCAUGAAAGGGUCUACAUCACCUGUUCCGUCAUCCUGUGCGAAGCCGGAAAUCACACCAGGUGCUCGCAGGGUUGUGUCAAUGGCACGGCCACCCCUGCUCCCCACUACCGUCGCAGGAGAGCGGCCAUAACCGAGACCUCCAGCCACUUCAUCUCCCAGGGGCCUUUGCAGCUCAGGAGGAGUUCAGACAGUAUAGGUUCCAGUCUGACUUUGAACAUGAAUGUGGUCUUCAUUGCUGGAACGCUCCUCGUUGCUCUUGCCACGGUGUGUGGAGCGCUGAUGUACCGGAUAAAGAUGUCAGCUGUGAAAUACCAGAAACUUCCAUCCACUGAGUUCUGA